AUUUGCAUAACCUAUAAAUACUUUUUUCGUUAGAAAUAUCUCGGUAAAUUUGUUAUUUAGUACUAGGUUUAAUUUGUGUAAAGCAUAUGUUACUAGUAUGGCAAAUGAUUCAAUAAAUGUAAAAUUAGAAAUCCCUUUCCCGACAAAUAGAUUGGCUCAAAUUGUUUAUGAUGUAUUGAAAGUUGAUCAGGAACCCAAACGCAGUGGUGUAAAGAAAGAACUAAGCGUUUCAGAAAACAUUCUAAAAGUUAAAUUUGUGAGUUCAUUGGCUAGACAAUCAAGAGUUGCAGUGAACAGUUUCUUUGAAAGCCUCAAUUUAAUUGUUGAAACCAUUGAUUUUAUUGGAGAACCUACAUCUGAAGAAUAUACACACUUUUAAAAAUGCCUGAACACA